AUGCUGAACCUGGUUCUUCGUCUCGUCGCCGUCGCCGCCUGUGUUUUUGGGGUCGCGAUAUGUGCACGCAUCAGCGGAGAGGUCUUGAGAGAUGACCGUGGCGGCAGCACCAUCAUCACGACGUACAUCGACCCUGAGACAAGGCCAGGGGACGUCGCAAGAGAAAAUCCUAAAGUGAAUGCGUCAGAGCAAGAGAUGCCGGGAGUCGUCGCCAUCACCUCUUCGCUUGCCUGGCCACAUCUCGACUGGAAAAGCAAAAGCCCAUUCCACACCCGCUUCGUCGGCGUCUUCUUCAGAAUCAAUCCUCCAACAAACCUCUUUCAACCGGCCACCAUCGCACGUGCGGUCUGCGAAAGAGUCGCCCACCCCUACACCUACGAUAACAUUCACUUUCCCAUUUUCAUCUUCACAUCCCCAUGGAAGAUGGUGGCGACCAGAGUGAACGAGUGUGUCCGUCUGCUUGGAUGA